AUGAAGCCACUUCCCAAGGCUGCGCUGUUUUGUGCAAACCUUCCUGAGCAACUCGCCGACGACGAUCUCAAGCUCCAGCUCAGCCAUCUCUUCUCCAAGUACGGCAGAGUGCACCACGUCAAGCUCAAUAGGGAUCGCCAGAACAGGCUGGGUGCAUUUAUACAAUACCAAUUACCUUCCCACGCAGACGUCGCUCUCAACAAAUCCAACAAGAUAUACCUCAAAGACCGUCUCCUUAGGGUGGAGAGAGCACGCGUUAAUCGCAGUCUACGCAUCUCUCACACCCCACUCGACUCAUCAGCCAUUCAAUCCACUUUCUGUAAACACGGCGACAUGGAGUCGUUCCUGAUUGGUCCAGCUGUUGGUAGUGUUCCUGAGCAAUCAGCCGAGCAAGGUGAAUUCAUCGUUAGAUUUAAAUUUAGAGAUGAUUGUAUGGCUGCAUGGUUCGCACAUCGUCAAUCUUCCCUCUUCCACUUGAGUUGGGCUCAUGAGCGCAGUCGAGGGGUGCACAGUGGCCAUAACACAAACAACACACUUAUCAACGAUAAAGGCAGCUUUCCUCCGCUGGUUCAGUCGCAGCAACCAAAGCAGAUUACCUCACAUCACACUGCCUCCGAUGACGCAAUCAACAGCAUCGGCGCACUCGACUUGGCAAGUGCCCCUACCAACAAGGCAAUCACGGCGAGCGUGGACGCUACACCGUCUGUAUUUCUUGGCGCGCGUUCCGAGUCAUUCCCUGAGAUGCGCCAGGGGAAGGGAGGAAAAGGGGAGGUGGAGUUGCAUUUGCCGGCGGGGCAGGAGAAGCAACAGUCAAAAGAAAUUGUUCACCCGCACGACUCACCAAAUACGCCGUCCCGCUUUAUACCAUCCACGCCCCAACUCAGCCCAGACAUGAACGAAGCCAACCAAUCACUCGAAACGACAUCCACACAUCCACUUACUCCCCCAUCGCAACCAUUUUACGACACACGCCCGCCACGCAAAUCUUACGGUAGAGGUGGUGCGUUUGAGGGGAGAGGUAGGGGAGGUGGUUUUCGCCGUAACAACACACGCCCGCCUAGACCACACAACCACAACCACAAUCAACAUGGCAAACGAUACUAUCUCAAUAUGAAUUAUCACGAGGGUGGAGUAGGAGUGGGAGCGUUAGGUGAGUUAGGCUCAUCAGCUGCGUAUUACUACCCCGGUUAUGCCGCGCAGCAACCUAACAAUCUCAACCUCAACCUCAAUCACACUCAGGCACAAGCUCAGGCUCAGGCUUACUACACGCAGCAAUCGCAACACUCACAAUCUACACCCGCCUUCAUCCCUUACCCAGCUCUUAAUCUCAACCUCUGCCAGGCUGUGAUGGCCUACCCGUAUGUCAUGCAGCAGGGACAGCAGGGACAGGGACGAAGAAAUAAAAUAGGUGAGAGCAACACAGACACGAUGGAAAUGACCAUGGUAGAUGGAGGAAGUGGAGGUGUGGGAAUUGGUGCUAGUGGGAAUGUUGGUGAUGUUAAUGCAAAUGCAAAUGCAAUUAACGCAGUGCAAUCAAUACAAACACACGCAGCACACACAGCGCACACAAUGAACGCCAUUCAUCCCAUUCAUCCCGGUCACACAGUGCACACAAUGCAAACACUCAUGCCCCCUCUCCGCGCCACUGGGUUCAUGACUACCAAUGCAGGCCUCGUGCCACUCUACAGCCCGCAGGAUCUUGAGAGGUGGAAUGAGGGGUUGAUUGGGAGCGGUAGUGGGACUUUGGGAAGGACUGUGGGGGAUGCUCAAUUGCAGCAACAUCAGCAGCAGUAUUCAGAGCAACCAGAACAGCCACAAGAAUCUCUCAAAGAUAACGAAAAGAGUGCGGGGAAUACAGCGAAUCCAAAGAAUGCCCAUAAUGCUGACACCACCACCACUACCCAUUACGACCAACACAACCAUUCGUAUUCGCACUCGCAAUCACACUCACACACCGACCACACCAACUCGGCUCUCUCUCUGCAGCCAUACCCACUGCUGCAACAGCCGCGUCCGCAACACGUGGUGAAUACGAAUGUCGGGCUGGGAUUGGAUACUGCUGGGGUCGGGAGGGCACCCACGGGUAAAAACACAGGAAGUGUUAACCCGCCCCGCUUUUUUGGGGUAUCACCUCCAAGCCAGCCGUAUCAGGAGUGGGAGGGAGUGAAUGCAGAUAGUCAUACCCAUAAUCAGCAUUCCCAUUCACAUUCACACCCCUCCGUCAGCACUGCUUACUACGAUAAUACAUCACAACCAGUCCAACACACCCCUCCCCCACCCGGUUUCACGACAGGCCCACCUGGACAUACACCGGGUGUGUAUGGGCGUGAGAGGUAG